AUGCCACAAGCCCCGCCUCUUUCUCGGAGCCCCGCCUUCCCUUUACCUGCUGAGAUAUGCAGCGUCUUUGGCGGUCCCGCGGAUCUGUCUCUUGCUUCAACAGUGUUUGGACAGAACAGAUGCAGGAACUCACUUCCAGCCUCCGACCACCCUCUGAUUUCCUCUCUACUUGCAACCUCCAGGACCAUCGUCUCAGCCAUCUCCUGCUUCUCGGACCAGCCAACGCCGUUUUUGUGGUUAGCUCCUUCUUGCCGACCAACCAUGUGCUCCCAGAUUGGUCAGAAUUAUUCCACCGCGGUGGAGGCAGCCGUCAACCGCCUGGUCAGUUUGCACCUGCGGGCCUUGCAUCUCCUCUCUCUGCGCUUCUAUUAUGACCACCGUGAUGUGGCUCCGGAAGGCGGGGGCUACUUCUUCCAUGAAUUGGACGAGGAGAAGCGCAAGGGCGUUAAGCGUCUCCUGAAGAUGCAAAACCAGUGUGGUGGCCCUGCUCUCUUCCAGGACAUCCAGAAGGCAGGUCAGGAUGAGUGGGGUAAAACCCUGGAAGCCAUGGAAGCCGCCAUGGCCCCCGGGAAAAAUCUCAACCAGGGUCUUUUGGAUCGUCAUGCCCUGGGUUCCACCCCUACAGACCCCCAGCUCUGUGACUUCCUGGAGGGUCACUUCCCAGAUGAGGAAGGUGAGGCCACGCCAGCGCACAACUGCAGAGGGCGCCGUUCCCACAGCAGCCCUGCAAAGCGAGUGUGCCUGAGAAACUUCUGCCUCCCCUCCACCCAGCCCUGUUUAAGGCACAAGGCUGCAUCAAUGGGCGCGCAGGCUGGCGGCGAUGAGAGGAGGCGCAGCCGCAGCCCCGCGCUGGGGAGCCCACCGCUAACCCUGCACCCCACCCACCCCUACACAAAAGAGCUGGCGGGCGCUGGCCACGUCGCCCUGGGUGACCUUCCUCGGAUGCAGAAUCCGCCCCUGCGAGCAUCCUUUUCCUCCCAGGCUCUGAAGGCCUGGGGAGCGUGA